AUGAAGUUGUCGAUUCUCGCCGGCAUUGCCGCUGCCCUCGUCGGCGUCACCGAUGCCAAAACGUUCUCGGCCAAGUUGAACAAGUUGCCCGCCGAAGAAGUGUUGGCGCCCCAACAGUUCUCGGAAUACACCGAAGGAUUGGCGCAAAAGUACUUGAACUUGUACAAUUUCGGCGACGUUAUCCCCAAGCGGGACCAGGUGCCGUUUGCUGCCGAAGUCCCCGGGGUGGUGGCCCCGGCUAAGGACGGUAUCCACGACGCUCCUCUCACCAACUACUUGAACGCGCAAUACUUCACCGAAAUCACCCUUGGCACGCCGCCCCAGUCGUUCAAGGUGAUCUUGGACACCGGGUCGUCGAACUUGUGGGUGCCCUCGAAGGACUGCUCGCUGUUGGCGUGCUUCUUGCACUCGAAGUACGACCACGACGAGUCGUCGUCGUACAAGGCCAACGGCACCGAGUUCAAGAUCCAGUACGGCUCGGGGGCCAUGGAAGGGUACGUGUCGCAAGACACGUUGGCCAUUGGCGACUUGGUCAUCCCUAAGCAGGACUUUGCCGAGGCUACUUCCGAACCGGGGUUGGCGUUCGCCUUCGGUAAGUUUGACGGUAUCUUGGGGUUGGCCUACGACACCAUCUCCGUCAACCAGAUUGUGCCCCCCGUGUACAACGCCAUCAACAACGGGUUGCUUGACAAGCCCCAAUUUGGCUUCUACUUGGGCGACACCAAGAAGGACGAACAGGACGGCGGGUUGGCCACUUUCGGCGGCUACGACGAGCUGUUGACCAAGGGCAAGGUCACCUGGUUGCCCGUGCGGAGAAAGGCGUACUGGGAAGUGUCGUUUGAAGGGCUUGGCCUUGGCGACGAGUACGCUGAGUUGUACGACACCGGCGCCGCCAUUGACACCGGUACCUCGUUGAUCACGUUGCCCCUGUCGCUUGCCGAGAUUGUCAACGCCAAGAUCGGCGCCGAGAAGAACUGGAGUGGCCAGUACACCGUCGACUGCAACUCGCGUGACUCGUUGCCCGACUUCACCUUCAACUUUGCCGGCUACAACUUCACCUUGACUCCCUACGACUACACCUUGGAGGUGUCGGGGUCGUGCAUCUCGGUGUUCACCCCGAUGGACUUCCCCAAGCCCAUUGGCGACUUGGCGAUCGUCGGUGACGCCUUCUUGAGAAGAUACUACUCGAUCUACGACUUGAAGAAGGACGCCGUCGGGUUGGCCGAAUCGAAGUAA